CCUCUUCACUGGCUGACUUAAAAAUGAUCUCCUCCUAUCACAGGAGCUCACUUUAGCUACACACACUUUGUUUUCUGCUUUAAUUGCUCUUGGCUGGCCUCUCCACGUUCGACGGGUGUGUUAGGCCGGGUUUACUUCCUCGCACAGACACCUGGGUUUACUUUGGCAGGAGUCGAUCAGUAGCCGCGGAAACAGAAGCGCUCUUUGAUGUGUUCCAUCAAGCGCCCGAGGUGACAGCAUGAGUGAUGUGUUGGCCAAGCCUCCUCAGCGACUGCAUUGUGUCCCGGGUGUGGUCCUGCUGAAUACAUGUCCUGUCACUGAGAGGGUUUUGUCACUCAUUCACACAAACACUCGCUGACGGUAGCUGGUGAUGCAUCCAUUCAGCCACCCUCACACACGCUCCCUCGCUGUAUUUUCUACUGGCCGUCCGUGUUUCUUCCCUCUGCGCUGCCUGAGGAAGGAGCCUCGCCAGUAAAGCCGCAUCACUGGCAUUCUGAUCAUUCCACCUAUUUUAACUCUUUCCGAGUGACCUCCUCCCUGCUUUCAAACAAACGACUAAACUGAUGUUCGCCUCCGUGUACUGGGCUUCUGCGUACUGGCUGGGCGCCAUGCCGCCAUGCAUGCCGCGUGCAUGGGUGACUGGAAUAUUUUUCCAGUUAGUCACAGGUGAAGCUCCUGUUGAAAUGCAAACGAGUCACUGAACUGAGUCACGCAUUUUGUUUCAGCUGAUACGUCUUGGGAGUGAUGCACUGGCUUCCCCUGGUUGCCAUGGUGAUUGCCUCGGCCCUGCCCUUCCCUCACAACCCUGUGUCCAGGAUUGCUGCAACGACAGAGCACCGUCAUGACCAGGCUGCUGGCCUCGCAGCUCCCCCUGUGGACUACAACUUCCCUGGAAAUGCCUCACAAACGGACUACAACAUGGCUGCAACCAAACAACCAAACCUCCAGAACCGUAAGGAUUAUGUGCAAUCCUCCGUAGAUGAAGAGACUUUCAUUUUCAAAGUGGAGAAUCAAGGAACCUACCAAUCAAAUAGCAACUCAGGCAGUGAUGACAAAAGCAGCGUCACUUUGGAUGUUCCCACAGUAGGGGGAACGCUCAGGACCGAGGAUAUUUCCCAGGAUAAUUCUCUGCCAAAGGACUACAAAGCUGACAGCAGCAGCAGGCAAGUUCACUACUCCAGUUUUGUGGACUUUUCCAAGCAGGACAAUCUUCAGGACUCUACAGAAACACUGUUGCAGGUUUCUGCACCAGAAACCCAUAAUGUUGUCAGCCCUGCUGUUAAUCUAAUGGGUCAAAGAGAACCAGAACCAACUGUUCCCUCAGGCGACCUGAAAGAUGCACACACAACCAGGACAGGAAGCCAGUGGACAUGGGGAGCUGGAAGAGGUCUGACUGAGGAGAACUUGAACCUGGAGGCAGGGCUGGGUAUGGGGACCGGACUGGACAGCGUCUUAGAAGGAGACGAGAUGUUUCUGGACGCGCAUCCUCGAGUCCUGUUCUCCCCCUCCCCGUCGCCUCCAGAACACCCCCCUCUCCUGCUCAUGUUGGAGACUGGCAUGCUGGAGGAGGACAGGGAGGAGCAGGAGGACAUGGACGGACACAUCGAGGGCCACGGGGACCGGGCGAUCGACAGGAGCGCGACUAUGAGUUGGGCAGACUCGUCCAGAGUCACCGUGCAGGCUGGCCGCGCUCUUAAAAGGGACAAACGUUCACACUUGAUUGACAGAAGGAGGGUGGAGAAGUCAGUGUGCGAGUCGGAAAGUGUUUGGGUUACCAACAAGACCACCGCCAUCGACGCCCACGGUCAGCAGGUCACCAUCCUGCAGGAAAUCCAAACCCAGACAGGACCUCUCAAACAGUACUUCUACGAGACUCGCUGCCGUCAGGCUGAGCAGCGGAGAAACCUCAGCGUGUCAAGGGUGGCCGGCGCACAAGCGAAACCUAUGGGGACGGGCGUGGCCGGAGCCGGCUGCUUGGGCGUGGAUAAAAAACAGUGGGUGAGCGAGUGCAAGGCCAAGCAGUCGUUUGUCCGAGCACUCACCAAAGACGCGAACAACAGGACCGGAUGGCGGUGGAUCCGGAUCGACUCGUCUUGCGUCUGCGUGCUGCUGUCCAGAGCGAAUCAGGCGGCGGGGAGGGAGAUCUUGACGAGUCAGGGGAGAGGCUGAGACAGAGAGGGGAGGCGGGAGGCAGAAAGUGACACAGAGCAGAGCAGCUGCGACAUCCUUCUGUGUGCACUUUGUCCUGCUGGGUUUCCUGAAACCUGAUGGAUUUGGUUAUUUCUGCCUUCAACCGGUUUUUUCAGACAUCUCUCUGCUUUCCAUCCCUCCCAUCCGCCACAACUUCAAAUGACUUUUGAAAAAAUAAAAAAUAAAACAAGAAGACCUCAAUACUAGAUCUUAGGGAAAUUUGUCAUAUAUAGAGAUUUUACUUUACAAAGUACUGUUUUUGUAUGAUUUAUCUUUCAUAAUCUAAGUUAUUUUUGAUUAGUAUGUAAGCAUGUGUAUGUCUGAUAUUAAUAUAUUCCUUUAUAUAUGUGUACAAUAUGACACCAGUAUACCUUUAUGUAUGCAGCUAUGUAUAUCUGUGUGUAUUUAUAGAAGAAGUCUUCAUGGAGUGGUUGGUCUCUCCAGUGUCUGAUGAUAAUUCCAGCCUCUGGUCCUCUCGGGUUGUGAGAGGAAGGAGCGCCACCUACUGAGGCUCCAUUUUACUGCUCCACACUGUUCCCAUAUGGAUUAUAAUGAAUACUGUAACAGUGCAAACUGAGUCUGAUGGGGAAAAAUGUACAGGAUACAGAAUCUACAGCAUGGGCACACUAGAGCAUGAUUUCACUCAGGCUGAUGAUUUGACAGUGGCAGGAUGCGUCUCCGUCUGUGGAACUUGUUAAAUGUGGUUCAUGAAUGCAAAACGAUGUUAUUUGUAAAUUAUAUGACACCUAAACAAGCAAAUCUUUACCAUCUGAUGGUUUGUUCAGUUUGCCUGCCAAAAUGUGGUAAUAAAGGAUCUUUGUACUCAGCAAAUUGCUGCGCUGAA